UUUCCAUUCGUCGUUCAACACUCGAUCCGACCGGCAGGAUUCCGACGGAGCACCGUCGUGGCGUUUCGAAGUUCCACAGUUUUAAACACCCAUUCCACCGUGAGGCCCAUUUGCUGAUUUACUGCUCCAGUAUUGUUUUUAGGUUACCAGUCGCUUUUGGGGCUUUCGUUUUGAUUUGUACGCGAAACGUGGUGCUUUAUGUUACUCGGUGCUGUUGUUCCCAUUUCCCGCGGGCGCCAUUUCCGUCCGACAAAGCAACAACACAAACCAAAGGAAUAAAGGAGUUUUUAUCGGUUUUUGCCUUUUCUGAAGCAUCGUGGUCGUGAUCUAUCAUAUAUGAAUAAGUGCAAAAAGUUUAAAUUCAAGAAAAAACAUGACGCGCAAUAGAUUACUGUUGAGAGUGGUGGUCCAAGUGCUAGUGACGGUGGCCAUUGUUCGGCAAUGUUCCGGCCGGGAUCCUCCCACGGUGGAGAUACCCAACCAGGGCACGGUGAUGGGAACGUACAUGAAGAUGUUUAGAACUCAACGAGUGAUUGCGUAUUUGGGAAUUCCGUACGCCCAGGCACCGACCAACGAGAAACGAUUUACUCCGCCGGUGGUUGAUGGGCUGCCCAGCUGGGAAGGAGUUAAAAAUGCGUCCACUUUCGGUCCACAGUGUUGGCCUUCUCCCCGGGAAACACAUCGACGACACAACCAGUUGUUUCUGGACUUAAUCAAGCCGGCUGACGAUGCAGAGAAGCAGUAUGACGAGGAUUGUCUACUUUUGAACAUUUUCAUACCGGACGCCACGAUGCCAACCGAAGGCUACUCAAUUAUGGUGUGGUUCCCGACGGGUGACUUCGAUGGGGACACCCCCUUCCAGCUGAACCCGUUCCAGAUGGUGUUCAAGCAGAAGCUGAUCGUCAUCACCGUUCAGUACCGGCUCGGUAUAUUUGGAUUCUUCACAACGAUGGAUGGCUCGGCUCCGGGGAACUUCGGUCUCAUGGACCAAUCGGCAGCGCUGCUCUGGAUAAAGCGGAACAUCAAACUGUUCAAUGGGAAUGAAGCGUCGGUGACCAUCAUGGGUCACGGUACGGGAGCCGUUUGCGUCGGGUUGCAUCUAAUGUCCGGCGAAUGGAGCGAAGAGAUGUUUCACAAAGCCAUUAUUAUGUCUGGCAGCGUGCUGCUGGAUUCGAUGGUGAAAAGCCCGAAGAUGUAUGCCCUGGCACUAGAUGAGAUGGCCACGGCCUUCGGUUGCUUUCGACAGCCGACGUCUAGUUUGAUAGAUUGUCUGCGCAGAGUGGGUGGACAAAUUCUUGCAGAGAACUCACCCGCCAUUGAUUGGGGUCCCGUUGUAGAUAGUGGACUAAGCAAUACGACGACUCCGUUCGUAGCCGAUUUUCCGAUGAUGAUGGUCCAUCAAGGAAAAUUGAGGAAGGUGCCGUUAAUGAUAGGGCAUACCGAUAUGGAAGAAGGGCUAGAGCUGGCCAUAGGAGACAUGCUUGAGCAUGGCAUCGGAGCUGAGAUGUUCGAAACUUUACUUGGAGACGCGGUCAUGAUGGAUUUGAACCAACUGGACUUCAACGACACACUUUGCGGUGGAAAUAUGGAAAUCGUAAUGGAUGCCGUACAGUUUCAAUACAAACCUUACCCAUCUACGACAGACCCGAUGAAGCUGCGAAGGCGUUACAUCGAGUUCGCAACGGAGAGGAAAUUUGUAGCACCAACGAUAGAACUGGCCAUGCACAUGAGCCAACUGGCCGAGACGUACGUUUACCGUUUCGAUAUAAAGCCGCGAACCGAAGCGGCCAUGAAGGACAUCCCCGAGUGGAUGGGAGUGCCGCACAACUUUGAGCUGAUCUUCCUGUGGGGUCUUCCGUACUGGUUGAUGCUUGCCGACGGGAUGCAGUGGGACAGCGCAGACAAGCGGGUGGCCGACAUCGUGAUGACCCUGUGGGCGAACUUUGCCAAGUUCACCAACCCGACACAGGUGGGCGUGUACAUCAAAUGGGACACGUUCACCAACGACGAACCGGGCGUGCUAAUCAUCGACCGCUCGUUCAACAUGAGCGACCACUCGACGAUGAGCUUCGGGGCGGUCAAAUUUUGGAACCAGUACUACCCGAACGUGAUCCAGUUUGCGGCACAGUGCUGCAACGCCACGUACAGUGCAGGCGCCGGCAACAGUUACCAGACGAUGUUGAGUAGUUCCGUAGUCCAUAGCGUACUAGUAGUGAAUUUUAUAUUGUUACAAUCAUUUAUUUACAUGCAAAUACAAUAUUUUUUCCAGACGUAACCGUCGGAUGGGGGAAA